AAAAGCAAGAUCCCAAAGCUCAAUACCAAAUGAUCGACUUUCAAAUCGCGUAUGCCUGUAAUGAACUCUCUUACGUCUAUCGCAAAGCACCCCGCAAUUUUACUUGUUCAAUCAGGCAUCACUCUCAAAGAGCUCAAGCAGAUCCACACUCAGUUAAUACUAACCGGCAUUCUCAACAAGCCUCACUUUCAUGGUCAAUUCGUAGCCGCCAUCGCCUUGGAGAAUCCCACCAAUCUCGAUUACUCCAUUAAGCUGCUGCACCAUUAUCAUAACCCCAGUAUAUUCUCCUUCAACUCUCUGAUAAGAGCCUACUCCAAGAGUACCAGUCCUCACAAAAGUUUUUACUUCUAUAAUCAAAUUCUCCGCUCCCGAAACAAUAUCUCGCCUGAUAAUUACACUUUCAAUUUCUUGGUUCGCUCAUCUGCCCAGCUUUUGGUGCGGGAAGUGGGUUUGUCGGUUCAUGGUGCGGUUAUAAAGUAUGGGUUUGAGAAUGACCCCCAUGUACAGAGUGGGUUGAUAUUUUUGUAUGCUGAAUUGGGUUGUUUAAAUUCGUGUCGAGGGGUUUUUGAGGCGAUUGCUCAGCCAGAUUUGGUUUCUAAGACAGCUAUGGUAAAGGCCUGUGCUGAAUGUGGCGAUAUUGACUUUGCAAGACAGUUGUUUGAUGAAAUGCCUGAAAGAGAUACUGUAGCAUGGAAUGCUAUGAUUGCAGGGUAUGCUCAGUGUGGGAGGUCAAGUGAGGCAUUGGAUUUGUUUAAUUUGAUGCAAAUAAAGGGUGUGAAAGUUGAUGAAGUGUCCAUGGUUUCGAUUCUAUCUGCAUGUACUCACUUGGGAGCAUUAGAUCAAGGAAGAUGGGCUCAUGCGUAUAUAGAGAAAAACAAGCUCAAGAUGACGGUGACACUAGGAACUGCAGUUAUUGACAUGUAUGCAAAAUGUGGAAAUAUUAACAAGGCCAUGGAAAUCUUUUGGGAUAUGAAGGAAAAGAACAUUUACACUUGGAGUAGUGCCAUUGGUGGGUUAGCCGUGAAUGGGUUUGGCAAGGAGUGUCUUGAUCUAUUUUCUCUUAUGAAACAGUAUGGUAUACAGCCAAAUGAAGUCUCCUUUAUUUCAGUCUUAAGAGGGUGUAAUGUGAUUGGUCUGGUUGAAGAAGGUCAGAAGCAUUUUGAGUCAAUGAAAAAUCUGUAUAGAAUUGACCCUAAACUUGAGCAUUAUGGCUUAAUGGUUGAUCUAUAUGGUCGAGCAGGGCGUUUAGAAGAAGCCAUGAACUUCAUAAAUAAGAUGCCUAUGGAACCUCAUGCUGGUGCAUGGAUAGCAUUACUUAAUGCUUGUAGAAUGUACAAUAACAGAGGACUGGGUGAUUUUGCCUUGAGAAAGGUGGUGGAGCUGGAGUCCAAGAAUGAUGGUGCUUAUGUUCUUUUAUCUAACAUAUAUGCUGAUGAUAAGAACUGGGAAAGGGUUAGCAGUUUGAGGCAGAUGAUGAAAGCAGAUGGUGUGAAUAAAGUCCCUGGAUGUAGUGUAAUAGAGGUUUAUGGUGAAGUCCACGAGUUUAUUGCUGGAGACAAGUCUCACCCAAGAUAUGAUGAGAUAGAGACAAUGCUGACAGAGUUCUCUAGUUUUCUAAGAUUAUCAGGGUAUGUUCUUAACACUAAUGCUGACUUUUGAUAUAGAAGAGGAGAAAGAGAUUGCUUCGUACUAUAGAAUGGAAACCUAGUGAGAAGCUAGCCGUUGACUUCGGGUUAACUGGUUUUAAUGGUGUGCUCCAAGCGGGGUUGUGAAGAACCUAAGGAUUUAUUUAAGUU